UAAAAAUAAAUAAAAUUAAUUCCCCGAGAAUCGAAUUCAAUCCUCCGGUUUUCCGAUUUCCGUUUUGCAGUUACCACCGGCGUUCCUCCGCCACUGCUAGUGGGAGUAGUGACUGUUUGCAACCACCGAGAAUUGAAUGGCGUCGACGUUGGCGAGUUCAAAGUCGCCGGCGGUUGGGAAUACUCGCAAGCGGUCGAGGGACGUGUACGUAGUCGUCCGCAUAGCGCAGAGGUGCUGGGCAAAGUUCAGGAAAGAGUGCCCGUUCGCGCUCUAGUCCCUUCAUCGUCUCUUUGGCGUCGGGGAAUCUCGAGGUCGAGACGUUCAGACAGUUCGUCGCACAGGACGUUCAUUUGCUCAACAUAUUCGCUCAUGCGUUUGAGUUAGCAGAAACAUACACACAGGAUGAGGAUGAAAAGGAUGAGAUUAAUGAGUUGAGGAAGACUAUCAUAAACUUGCAUGAUUCUUUUGUCCAGGAAUGGGGCUCUGAUGGAUUCAAAGAUAUUGCUCUGAAUCCAGCAACUUCUAAGUUCAAAGAUUUCUUGUUGGCUACGGUGUCAGGAAAGAUUGAUGGGGUGAAAGCUACUGGUGAACUAUCGACUCGUUCUGAGAAAACCAAGUUGUUGGCUUAUACCCUAGGUGCUAUUGCAUCUUGGAUGAGGCUUUAUGCCUACAUUGGUAAUGAGCUGAAGGGAUUUAGUGAUCAUAAUCGCUACAAGAAGUGGAUUGAGAAUUACUCCUCAGACAAUUUUCAGCCACUUAUUCAGAAAGCUGUUGUACCCCUCCCAGGAGAGCAUAACCUAGAAGAAUGCCAACUGAUGAUAUUUUCCGAUUUUGAUUUUGUAUUCGUUGGUGAUCAUUCAUAUUCCAUCUUGGCUGGAAUGGCAACAACUCCAGAAUCUGAUGUAAUCCAAACAGAAAAUCCAAUUCUCAGACGUAAUUUUAACAGUUGGAGAGCUAUCUACGACAAAUACUCAGAAGGCUAUAUGCAGUGUAUAGAGAACAUGUUAGCCACUGAAAAAGCGGAGAAUUUGAACCAUAAAGGUCUGCGAAAAGCACUUGAGAAAAUUUCAGAUAUUGAGAAAGAAGCAAAUUUAAGGGUGAUUCAAUUUGGUGGGCUUAAAGGUCUUAAACUGGAAGACAUAAAACUAGCUGGGGAGAGGUCGAUUUGCCAUGACGUUUGUUUUGAAUUUUUCCAAACUGUAAUAAAAAAGGAGAGUUUGAAUGCAGAUGUUCAUGUGCUAUCCUAUUGUUGGUGUGGUGACCUCAUUAGAUCUACCCUUCCAGCAGGGGGUUUAAAUGGCAUCAAGGUGCAUGCAAAUGAGCUCGAAUUCGAAGAAUCUGUGUGCACUGGUAAAAUUCUGGGGAAAGUGGUGUCCCCCAUUGACAAGGUUGAAGCUUUUGCUAAAAUCUGCGGAAAAGGGAAUGAUAAGAAGAAACUACUGAGUGUUUACAUCGGAGAUUCAUUUAAGGACUUGCUCUGUUUGCUUGAAGCAGAUAUAGGCAUUAUGGUAGAUCCAUGCCAAAAAGUGAUAGACUUGGCUGUUUCAUGGUGUGGUUGAUAAGCAGAAGGUGGCCACUGUUUCAUGGUGUGGUUGAUAAGCAGAAGGUGGAGGGAGUAGAGACUUGGAAAGGGAAAGGGGGGUUGUCUGGCAUUCUUUACACAGCCUUAACCUGGGUUGAGAUACAGGCUUUUGUCAUUGGCUCAAGCUGGGAUGAAGCUGUUGCCAUGUCUAAUUACUGCAAAAUAAGUUGUGAUCAUAUUUUAGCUGUCUACACCAAAAACCUCAAUAAAUUUUCAAAACUAGAAUAACUUGAUUUUAACAAUUAUUGUUCUAAACCAACUAAUAAUUUUGAAAGAAACUUG